AUGGAACUGCUGCGUCCGCGGUCGUCGUUCAAACGGUCGUCUCGUCCAGUGUUUCAGCUGUCGUCGCCACGCCGCGCGCUCGAGAGCUCUCGCGCGCGGGGCACGGCCGCGGCGAUGAGCUACCGCUCGAGGGAGCUCGAGCAGCUGCGGCAGGAGCUGCGGCGGGAGCUGCGGGCGUACGAGGACGAGGCGCGUCGAUCGGCGGACGUCGCGCGACGUCGCGCGCGUCGUCAUUCUCCUCCAAUCGAUGCCUCCAAUGAAGUCUUCCUUCGCUCGCUCCGCGUCUCAUCCUCCUCCUCCUCCUCCUCGUCCCUCGCGCUCCCCCCGCAGGAUGACGACGUCGCGAUCACGCCGCCGCCCGCGCGGCGCCCCGCGUCGUCCGCGCGAAGGACCGGACGCGCGGCGUCGAAGGCGCCGUCCUCCGCGCGGCGCCCGAGCACCGCGGGCGGCGCGUCGUCGCGCGGUGGUCGACCCGCGCAUCAUCAACAUCAACAUCAGCGCGCGACGACGACGACGACGACGCCGCUCACCGACAGGGAAGUCCGCGCGCGGAUGAUGGAGGCGCACCUCGCGUCGAGGACGCCGCGGCGGCGCGGAGGGAACGCGGGCGCGGUGGGAGGAAGAUGGCCGAGCACCGCGGCGGCGGGGGGGGGGGCGCCCGCGCGUCUCACGCCCGAGCGCCGUCGAGCGACGACGCAUCGCGACCGGUACGCGCACCUCGCCGCGCUGUCGCGCGAGUCGCCGCCCGCGAGGAAGCCGCCGACCGCGGAGUACGACCUGAACGGGCGCAGAGUCGACCGCGGCGGCGGCGACGGCGGCGCGAGGCUGCGAGCGACGCCGCGAUCGACGCCGCGAGCGACGCCGCGAGGACGCGGAUGGACGCCGACGACGCCGCGGACGGGGGCGGGGUUCGGGGGGUUCGGCGUCCGCGACGACGACGACGAAGACGACUUUUACGACGACGAUUUCGGCCGGGGCGAUCGUCGCCGCCGAUCGACGACGACGGCGGCGACGCCGUCCACCGCGCGACGACGGUUCGAGUACGAUCGCGCGAUGCGCGGCGCGGUCGCGAGCACGCCCGGACGCGGCGGGUACGGGUACGGAGCUUCCGCGCGGCGACGGCAGCCGCCGCCGGCGACGCCGCGCGCGGAGUACGACCUCCACGGACGCCGCGUCGGCGGACCGCCGCCGGCGACCGCGAGGAAGAACAAGAAGCACGUCGUCGACGACGACGAGACGCCGCCGCGGAGGACCGGGAGUUCCGCCGCGCGACGGCCGGCGACGGCGCGCCCCGCGUUCGACGCGCGGUCCGGUGGCGGCGGCCGGCGGUGUCUGACGGCGCGCGCCGCGAAGCCGAGGCCCGCGUUCGACUCCGGGCCGGGCGGGCUCGGCGUGGACCAGAGGGACUCGCCGCGGACGCGACGCGCGCGAACGUCGGUCUCCGCGCGCGGGGACGCGUCGCAUCGGUCGCGAGGGGCGUUCAGGGAGGAGGAGGAGGAGGAGGGCGGGGCGGUGGAGCGACGCGAACGGCCGGGGACGGCGGCGGCGGGUGCGGCGGCGGCGGGGGGCGCUCGGAGCGCGCGGUCGACGACGUCGACGGUCUCGACGAGGAGUCAAAAGAGCGCUCGCGGCGCGGGGAAGAGAGCGGGCGCGGACGAGCCGCCGCCGCCGCGAAGGAGGCCGUUCUCGGCUCGCGCGAAGAAGGUUGAGGAGGAGGAGGAGGAGGGGGAGGAACCUCUGGAGAAGCCGCGAGGCGCGAGACUUCGCAUGCCGUCCACGAGCGGACGCAUCCCGUCCGGGCGCAUCGGCGACGUGGGGUACGCCGCCCCGUACGCCGCGCCCGCGCCCGGGCCGUACGCCGCGGCCGCGGCCGCGUACCAAGCGUCGUCGCGGCGCGACGUCGACGUGCCGCCGCCGACGUCCGCAGGCGCGUUUUUUACCUCUGGGUACCGGAGUCACCCGCCGAGCGCGGCGUCCUCGCCCGCGACGCGCCAGCCGCAGUACCACCAUGAGCAGCAGCAGCACGCGUAUCACCACAGCGCGUACUACGGCUCGAACGCGGCGACGCCGUCGAGCGUCGGAGGGUACUACGGCCACGACCAAUACCACCACGGCGGCGGCGGCGGCGGCGGGACGGACACGUUCCAGGAGGCGUUGGCGAGGGCGUCCGCGCUCGCGUACGCGCCGUCGCCGUCGCAAGCGGCGUACGGGUACGGCGCGUAUCCUCAAUCUCAUCCGCAACAGCAGCAGCAGCAGCAGCAGCAGUCGUACGCCGCCGCGGAGUACGGGCAACAGCACGGGCAACAGUGGCAGUAUCCGGCGCCGCAGACGCAGCAGUACGGAUACGGUCACGGGCCGGACCAGCACGGAUACGGAUACGGAUCUUACGCGGCUCCGCCAGCCCCGGCGCCGACGCCGCAGCACGGCGGGUACCACGGCGGCGGCGUCGGAUCCGCGCACGCGACCCCGAGCGCGUCUCCGGUCGUCGGCGGCGUCGGCGGAGGCGGCGCCGCGAACUCGUUCCUGCGUUGGUCCGCCGGACGCUGA